AUGCCCGGAGGACAGCUCACAGUGGAAGUCCCUGCACCCCGGGCGGAUACUGGCAGUGGCCCCAGUGGCGCCCACGGUGCCGCUAAUAGACGUAUAACUAUCAAUAGAGACGGCUGUGUUAAUCCAUCGCUAAUAGAGUCGUUUCUCCGCGAACUACGGCGUACUACCGACAAUGUCGUCAAUCAACGUACCAAUGACCUACAGAAUGCACCUGCGCAGGAACUCGGGGCGCGCUGCGUGGACUACGUCGGUAGCACGCUGCUACCUGCCUGGCACAUACGAGGUCAGGUCAUAGACUUCUGCGCCACACAAGCGUCCCAGAUCCGAGCGAGUCUCCAGCUUGGUGGAGACGAGUCCCACGUGCCAGCGGCGGUCGACCCAACUGUAAACCCCUAUGUCACUGUGGAGGAGCAGGAGCGUCACCGCGCCCGCCUGGGCGAUGUGAUGAAAAUGGAGAAUUGGGUAGCUAACCAACGCGAGAUCGAGCGCAUACUGCAGCGCACAACUCUCGCUCGAGUCAACUCCGUCUGCGGCCAGCUGGACGAAUUUGCGAGUCAGGUUCAAGCGCUGACCGAUCGGCGCAAUAAUUGA